AUGAGGGUUUUGUUGCUCAGCAACACCACCACACUCUCACUAUCUUCAUUACCACCACCGCGAACCCCAAAAUCCCCAAUUCGAUCCAAUUUCAGACGCAAUUCAAUCAAUUGGGCCGAGAAAGCUCUAAUUGGAGCCCUAGGUGGUGCUCUGUCGUUCGGUCUUUUGUUCUCUUCGCCCUCUUCUUCCAUAGCGAUUGAGUUUUCUUCUUCUUCCUCCGUUCAAGUCCAACCUUCUUCGCAGCCACCGGAGUUUUGCAGCGAAGAUGAAGGAGAUGAAACGGCCGAGUUAGGGUCCGAACCGGCCGUGACCAGUGAGGGAGUUGUGGAGGAAGCUUGGGAAAUCGUCAAUGACAGCUUUCUCAACACCAGUGGCUCUCGCUCGUUCCCGGAAACUUGGCAGAGGAAAAAGGAAGACAUAAGGAGUAGUUCAAUAAAGACAAGAUCAAAGGCUCAUGAUACGAUUAAGCGAAUGUUGGCCAGCUUGGGUGACCCUUAUACCCGAUUUCUUUCGCCUGAAGAGUUCUCCAAGAUGGCGAGGUAUGACAUGAGUGGUAUUGGAAUAAACCUCAGGGAAGUUCCAGAUGACAAUGGAGAUGUGAAAUUGAAGGUUCUAGGACUUGUAUUAGAUGGCCCUGCACAUUCUGCUGGUGUGAGACAGGGGGAUGAAGUACUAGCUGUUAAUGGAUUGGAUGUGAAGGGGAAAUCAGCCUUUGAAGUAUCAUCGAUGAUGCAAGGUCCUAACGAAACUUUCGUUACUAUUAAGGUCAAGCAUGGAAAUUGUGGGCCUAUUCAAUCUAUUGAAGUCCAAAGACAACUUGUUGCUCGAACCCCUGUCUCUUAUCGGUUGGAACAAAUAGAAAAUGGAACCAGAUCUGUUGGAUACACUCGCGUAAAAGAGUUCAAUGCAUUGGCUAGAAAAGACUUGGUAACUGCUAUGAAGCGACUUCAGGACAUGGGUGCAUCAUACUUUAUUCUGGAUCUUAGAGAUAAUCGUGGUGGACUAGUACAGGCUGGAAUAGAAAUUGCCAAGCUAUUUUUGAAUGAAGGGGAGACGGUGAUUUAUACUGAUGGGAAGGUUCCCGAAUACCAACAAAGUAUCGUUGCAGAUACUGCACCAUUAGUUACAGCUCCUGUUAUCGUUUUGGUGAACAACAAUACUGCUAGUGCUAGUGAAAUUGUUGCUUCAGCUUUGCAUGAUAAUUGUAGAGGUGUUCUUGUUGGUGAACGGACAUUUGGCAAGGGUUUGAUUCAAUCCGUGUUUGAACUUCGUGAUGGCUCUGGUGUGGUUGUAACUGUUGGGAAGUAUGUUACGCCAAAACAUAAGGACAUAAAUGGCAAUGGAAUAGAGCCUGAUUAUCGAAAUUUCCCAGGAUCUCUUUAUCCGCAGCUUGGAGUGACGUCACACAACAUCUUUCACAGUGUAAUAUGCUUCAGCGGGGAUAGAUCAGUGGUUGACACAGUUCUUUCUUACCUUUGA